AUGUCUGUUAUUGAGACCCUGCAAAACUAUUACCUCGAUUAUAUUUUAAUUGGUACAAACAUUCGGUUGAAAAAUAAGCAGAUGCCAAGCGUUAGUAGAACGUUUGAAGUAGGAGUUAAAUGUGAAGAGGAUGAUGAUAAUUCGCUGCAGCAGCAGGCAGCAGAACUAGAGUCACUUUCGGCACCGCUACCGCUUCUCUACUCCCUUCCCAGUCAGAUAAGUGUGUAUGGGGCACAGUUGUCAUCAGAAGCCUGCAGAGAGCUGGGCUUCUCCAGUAACUUGCUAUGCAGUUCUUGCAACCUUCUUGGACAGUUCAAUCUGAAUCAGCUGGAUCCGUUCUGCAGGCAGUGCUGCCAAGAAGAAGCUCAGCUGGAAACCAGAAAGCUUUAUGCAGGAGCUGUCUUAGAGGUAUGUGGAUGAAAAUUGGGAAGGUUCCCUCAAGUCCAGGCUUUUGUCAGGAGUGAUAAGCCAAAACUCUUCAGGGGACUGCAAAUCAAGUAUGUGCGUGGUUCUGAUCCUGUACUAAAGCUGCUGGAUGACAGCGGGAACAUUGCAGAAGAACUGAGCAUCCUCAAGUGGAAUACAGAUAGCGUGGAAGAAUUUCUAAGUGAAAAAUUAGAACGUCUAUAAAUCAUUGCUUGCAAUCCUCUUUCCUUUUCAUGUUUUGUCGUGGUAGUCUUCUGUGUGCUACAACUGAAAAAACAUUCCGGCUUCUAUAUUAAUUUUAAAAUAUCUGUUAUGCUGUACUAAACAUCUUGUAAUUAGAAGGGGAAGCUUCAACACACAUAUCUGACAAGCUGACAAACAGAAUAGCUUGCCUUCUUAAUAUAUUUCAGAUCUUAAUGCAUUUAUCACUAACAAAAUUUUUUAAAAGUUAAUUAUGCAAAUAUCCGUUUGUUAUAAUUGGACCUGUUUUUACAAAUGCUCUUAAAACUGAAGAGCUUCAAAUAAUCCAAAUGAUUACCAUGUUUUUUGUCUGCUGCUGUUUAUAAGAAAAUCAGAACCAAAUGCAAUGUACUAUCUCCCAAAGAAAUUUGACUGCUAAUGCCCUCUUCUUUUUUUGUAUUGGAAAUGUCCUUUUUAUAGAAGCAUUGUUUAUAGUGAGUAUCUAGUUCACAGGUUUUGAAGCUGAUGGAGGAACUCAUGCUGCUCUGGUGCUAUGACACAUUUAGUAAGUACACUUUAGUGAAGACUACAUAGAAAACCUCUGAGGUGUAUGGAAGUCAGAUGUCAGGUGUGCUUUACGUUAAGUGUUUUGCUUCAGAAAACAUGAGAUAUAAGUCUUGAAAAACCUUUCCUUCAGAUUUUAACAAAUUUAUUGGAAGUCUGUUGAUCAAAUGAAUUUAUAAACUGUUCUUUUUAAAAUGUUUAUUUUUCUUUGUUGAAAUUUAUGUGAACAGGGAAUAUAGACAGUAUAUAUGGUAAUGAGUCAAAUCCAUUAUAACUUGUCAGGUUUUUUCCACUUAAAGUGAAUAAACACGGUAAGCAAGAAC